UUGAGAUCAAUAAAAGGAGUAGUUUCCCAACUCUUUCUCUCUUACUCCAACAGUCACUACCAUGGUCACCGCUCUUUCUGUUUCUAUCUAGAUCAGGUACAUAUAUCCACCGUCUCAAUACCUCGAACAAACCAGGAGUCGAUGAAUGUAUAUGGGAAAGGCAGAAGGAAUUCGAUUCACCACCGCUAUAGCCGCCGCACCAACGAGGACGCCACCUACCUGGUCCGAAGCCUUAGUAGACACAAUCGGGGUCGAUUUUGAACUAUACAAGUUUUUUGUGUUCUACUCCGAUUUCCAUCUCUCCACCAGUUAGUCCUUACAAUCGAAGCGUCAACAUCUCUUGCUUCUCUACUGAAUCGAUGGUCGAGACGGUGUUCAAAUAUGUGUUCAAUUAUUUUUUCGUAUUUCACAAUUCCAUACUAACCAACAUAUGGGUUGGCUCUGAAGGGGGUGUUGCUCUGUCUGACGUAAUUUCCAGAUGUACCCUUUUGAAAAAGCUUUAUCUCCCUGACAGUAUGUUUGGUGUGGAAGUCGGGCUUGGUUUGAUCAAGGCUAUUUCUAUCUUUCAAAAUCUCACUGAAAUUUAUAUAGGUUAUGAAUUCCGCAUUUCCAUUAUAUGGAAAAGCGCCAACUGUUCCUAUUACAUUCCAAUAUGUAUAAACCAUCAAGACUACAAUCAAAUACAAGUUGGGCUACUAAAUGGGAUUUGGAAUUGGCCUCUCUAGACAUGGUCGCUACAGAAAUAUAACGCAGGUAAGCCAAUAACAAUCAUGUGAUAUGUAUCUUCUUAUACUGAUUCAACUAUCUGUUUGGACUUUUAUAGUUUGAGUCUAAAUCAUCUGAUUGUUUUGUCAAAUUACACCAGUUGAUUGUUGUUUUGACAAUUUCUGAAGCUGGUAAUAUUGAUUUCUUUCUGUAUCGAACAUUUUUAACAACAUUAAUUGUCAAAUGUUAGUACCUAUUCUGAUCAAUUUACUUUGUUCAGGUGACAUCAAUGGACAAUUUGCUAAUCUUCUCCAGUUGUUUAAUGUUACCGUUGUUCUUAAAGACAUGAUAAACCAUCUGUCCCAGUUUACAACAUUAUUUAUUUAAAACUUAAACUAAUCGUAAAUCUUGCU